AUGUCCUCAUCCACAAAUGAGUAUCCAGAACGCGUGGCCAUGGAGGAUUUCGCGACGAAUGUCUUCACGCCAUUCCUGGAGCUCUAUGGCGACAAAUGGGACCAAGCCCAGUGGGACGCCGCUAUCGCCAGAUUCAAGGCAGCGCACGAGCCCGCGGUGAUCGAGCGCAUUAUGAAGUUCGCUAAGCUACCGGGGUGGGCCGGCAUUGAGGAGCAGUUGAAGAAAGGCCCGCCCGAAUUCCUGCGUCCUGGGUGGAGGAGCCCUCUCCUCGGCAAACAGGUCGACCUUGACUGGAUCGACGCGGACGCAUAUGAGUGUGUGCAAGCAAGCAAGGACGGAUGGAGGGACAAAAAAGUUCUUGUAAUCGAGUUUUGGGCGACCUGGUGCCGACCUUGUCAUCCGGUGUGCAAAAUUCUCACGGACGUCGCCGCACAAUACCCAGACGUCAAGGUCAUCACGUUCAAUAAUGAGGGGAUAUUCAAUAAGGCACCGACCGAUUCGGAGAUUAUAAAAGACUUCGUCGCCGAACGUGACGACGUCAAUUAUCCGGUUUAUAUCGAUAAAAAGAAUAUUGCCGUAGAGUCGCUGUUCCAGCCGGGAGAAUGUUUCAGUAUCCCGCUGGUGUUUAUAAUUACCACAAGAGAUUCCGUCAUCCGCUGGCUAGGAAGUCCGAGAGAGAUGGCUUCGCCUCUCGAUGACGCGCUGCAGCAUGCCUGA